AUGGGAUUGUGUGUAAGCAAAGAGUCAUCCACCGAAAAAAAGGAGGUCAACAUAAAGAAAGGCCAGAAAAAGUAUGUUUAUUCCACAAGAAAAGGUACUAGCCGCUCAUGGAAUGGCACAGGCAAUGAUACUACUGGAACUAUGUUUACUGUAGGAACUCUAGGUAGUACUGGUGAUGACGGCGGUUGCGGUGGUCAUCUCGGUGGCGGUGGGGGCUGCGGUGGAGGCGGUGGAGGUUGCGGUGGAGGCGGUGGUUGCGGUGGUGGCGGCGGUUGCGGUGGUGGUGGCGGCUGCGGAGGCGGUGGUUGUGGAGGAUGCUAG